AUGGCGAAGGAUUUGACAGACGUUGAAGAGCCGCUGCUGCCCUCAUCGGGCCUGCAUGAGCCGAGUCGCAAUGUUGCUAGAGCCGCGUUGAUCAGGACUUUGCUGGCAAUCUGCACGCUUUUGGUGGCCGUCGGGCUCUUUGGCGGCUUUGCCUCGCUUGUGCUCGUUCGCCAUAGAUCAGGCCUGCCUUCGCAUGCAUGGUCCUUCAAUCAAAUCUGGUCCAUGGUCAGCAAGACGGGUCAGCACCGCACGACCCUCGUAUCCGCACUCUUCAUGAAUCCCAACGAUACGAUGCGGCAUUCGCCCGGGCAAUACUACGUUUGGCUUGACAACUUCUUGAAGACGAACGAACAACCAAUUGUCUUCUACACCUCGCCGGAUCUGGUCGAAAGGGUACAAGCGGCGCAUGGGCCGAGCACGGAAGCACGCCCCUUGCAGAUCGUGCCGGUCGCAUCUGCCUUCGAAUUGCCGCCGAUCGUCAAGCUUGGCGGACUACCCUGGCUGGAACAACAGUGGCUGAUGGAUCCAGAACAACGAAUCCAUUCAAAGCUCAUGUAUGCCGUCUGGAUGUCAAAAGCGUGGUUCGUCGAACAAGUCUCGAGAAACAAUCCAUACAACUCGGAGCGCUUCUUUUGGAUCGACGCAGGCGUUUUCCGAGACUCCGACGAGAUACGCUUCAGCGAGCUCGACGAUCGCUUAGACGAGGCUUUCGGGAUACACGACGACCGUUUGAUGCUUUCCGCCGUAGAGAACCUGCCGAGCGGUUCGAGGCUGCAGGCAUAUCACAAUGCGAGCGAUUGGCCCUUGCGCGCCAAUCUCAUCCAGGGUGCCUGGUUCGGCGGAGCUCCAGCGCCGGUCAGUUGGUGGGCCGAAGAGAUGCAUCGUGUCGCAAGCACACAAAUUGCGCUGGGCAGAUUCGCAGCGAAAGAGCAAGACAUUAUGAACUUAGCCGCACUCAUCAAUAUGCCACGACUGCUGAUACUUACCGCUCAAAAGCAAAAGGGCAAUUGCGGAUUCGGCCCCUGGUUCGUGUUUUGGAAGUGGUGCAACGCCGUCGCAGCCACGAACAGAUGCGAGCCUGAGUUCUUUUUGGGCUAG